GCGCACCCUAUAGCAUAGAGAGGCGCUUCGCUUUGCGGUUGACUUUGGCCGACUCCAACUUCCAGUGCACUGUCGUCCUCUACCACGAGCUGGUCCUGCGAGCGGCCGCUGACAUGGGUGCUGCUCUGCCGGAUGGAGUCCAAGAUACGCAGCCGGUGCGUGCCCAGCUCCGUGAUCUCUUUCGCGCUGCGCAGUGGCUGUGUCGCUUCACCUUCCGGGAGAAUGAUUACCAGCAGACUGAGUUGGAAUGUCGACACCUGGCGCCUUGUCUGCGUGCCAGCCGAGCUGAAGCUGUCGUCGCACCUGAAGCCCUGAACUGGAAAGCGUCCCAUUGCCAGAUGAACAACGGUUGCCCAGUCGCGCCAUUGGCUACGUUGCAGGUGUAUGCCCAGCUUGGCUUGAUUUCGGUGGAUGACGUGGAAGCGGCUAGCUUCGUCAGAUGCUUGGUGGCCUUCAAUGACGAGCAGCUCCCCGACGAGGAAGCUCUGCAGAAGGACAACACGUCCACCUCGGCAAUGCGCGUCAAGCGCUCCGUGGACUGCCUAUUGUCUGCCCCGGCUGCCACAGGUGCGCCGAGCCGGGUGAAGCUGCGUUGCGCUGGCCCUGCAUCGGCGGUGGCAUGGCUGCUGCGGGGCAACGUGGGCGAGGCGCAUUUCGUGGUGCUUGCUCACACCUCAGAUGCUGGCGAGUGGAGCGUGCUGUGGCACGUGCCGGUGGAAGCACAUCGUGUGCAGGGAGUCAAGACCUUCAUGCUGCGGAUCUAUGGAGUCAAGAACUUCAUGCUGCGGAUCUAUGAAUCUGAAGUCAAAAGCCCACAAACACUCACCUACGACCAGGCAUGGACUCCAAUGAAGCGUCUUGCAAGCGUCAUGGAGACAGCGCCGGAGGACGCGUCGAUGACUGAGGAUGCGGCGUAA